CGUUCACGGCGGAGCACAACGGUCCGAGACACGGCCAACAAAAUGCUUGCAGCUACGGCUCGUGGUACUACUCGGUGGAGCAGAGCCAUUUUGGUGAGUCCACUCGGGAAUGGUCUGUACCGGCACAAGAAUACAAAGCCGGUGUCUACGGCCAGGGGAGACGGAGGAAGGAGUUGGAAGUUGUCGCCGGUGAGAACUCGGGUCAGAGUUCUAGGUGGGUUGGUGCCUGGCUGCCGGAGAACGGCGUUACCGGAGCUUUUGGACGAGACGGCCGAUUACAUAGGUGCGUUGGAAAUGCAAGUCCGAGCCAUGACAGCUCUAUCCAAGAUACUGUCUGAGUUUCAGCCGUCUGAUAAACUCGGCUCGGCGUUAUAGCCAA